AUGGCGACCAGAUCGCGCAAAGAUUGGCUUUCGCCGCACAAAGUAUCUCUCUUAAUCGUCAUCAAAUACAUCAGCUCUUCAGAUGACGAACAAGAGGAUUAUUUAGAUUGCUUAAGAAGAUCUAGGCAUAAAUUAUCUUUGCUACUGCUGGAAUUUUUCGAGGUACCUUUAUUUAGCAGCAAGCUAAUUGAUUUCGCUUUAUACAACAGAUAGUUUGUGGUACUUUAAUUUAUUUUUCUUGCAUAUGAAAAUAAUGCUCCUGUUAAUUCGUCCAUUUUUUUUUCUCUUGGGUAGAAGCAUGGUCACCAUUUUGGCGUGAGUGUUUUAAUUUGACCCCUAGCUAGCUAGUUAGCAGCCUAUUUUUUGGACUAGUCGUAAAGGUGGCUGUCCACACUUGGUGGCCGAGAACUAUUGCCUGGGUACCAGCACAAAAUGAUGUUGUGUUCACACCUUGGGUACCCGAUGUGUUUCUGUGUACAUCUUUGCUCCAUUUCGCCCUACCACAUGCCACUGUGAAAUGUGAGCUCAGCACUGAGUACAAAGUGGUGGAUUACCCCAGAACUAACAUAAACACAAGGACCCGGUAUCCACUUAAGUUUCCUAGUGCAAGAUCUCAACCUUGUACUCACUGGUGCCUAAAUUCUAGCAUGGGUUCUUUAGAAAAGAGUGCAUUCACAUUAGUGCAUAGUGAAUACUGUACUCAGGCAUCAUGCCCAGGCACCAAGUGUGAAUGCUGCUUUAGUGUGUGAGUACCUAAAGAAGGUCUUCAGUGUGGGCUGUGUGCUGCUGGUACUGUUAAACGCUAAUAUCACUUUAACUUUAGACCAGUUUUGGCCGCAUUUUUGAGGCCUAGACACUCAUGGAAGAAAUUCCUCCUCUUUUGCAGUUUUUUUUACAUUCCUGGUGAGCUUCUAGCAUACUAGUCACCCAAUGUACUGACUGCCCUUACUAAUAAUCCCCCCCCCCCUUACGAGGCAUGACAGUCUAUAAGCUCCUCCACCGGUAGCUUAUUGCAGCAUUUAUAGUAUUUGAUAGUACUCUAUCCCUGACCAAACUGAUUGAAAACCAUGCCUGUAAAUACAGUAGCUCAUACUAAGAGGUUAGUUUUUACCUUACAUAGUGGUCUUUAAUUGAUUGGAAGAUUGCCUGCAGGCUUGAUAUAAUCGCUUGUAUUGUGUUCAUGUUGAAUGGGAGCAAAAAUCAAAACCCCCAAAAAUCCUUAGAGCUUCAAACAAAAGCCAAAUUAUCCCUAGACCAAAAUUUAAGGUCCCCAAAAAAUCCCAUGCUGAAUUUCUAAUCCGUCAAAAUUGUCAGAGGAACGAUGCGGCUGGGAUACAAGGGAACUAUCACAAAACUUCAGAUUAUUUUGAGUACCCAAAAAAAUCCCUACUUAAAUCAAGCUAGCCAAAAAAUACCUGCCAAAAUUUUCCUACCCAAAAAAAUCCCGAAAUCAAAAUUUUCAAACCCAAAAAAGAUCCUUCAAACUUCCCUGUCACUUGAAAUCCGAAGUACCCCCCUGGGGUUGUGUUUAAUUGCAGAAAUGUUAUCCACUCCUGGCAAGGUGAUUAGGUUAUCCCUGUGUGAAGGGGAGGAUUUUAAAGCCACUUGGUAUGGGAAAGAAGUAGCUACAGAGAGCCUUUUUGUCUAGAAGAGUAACAAAAUUGUUGAAAUACAAAGAUAAAUUGCAAAUUAACAUUUUCUUUCAGGCUCCAGAUUUUGAACUGUCUGAAAUGUGUAAACAUAUCAAGGCUGUGGAUGUUGACUUGCAAAGUCUGCUCCUAAAAAGGUUGUUUGUUUUGAUGUUUUUAAAAUUAUGAUAAUAAUUAUUUUAUUGCAUUCAAAUAUCUAUGGAUAUUUAAUAUCAGUGUUGUGUCUCUUUUUAAGCUUGAAGGGCUUAGCUGAGGAUGGUGUUUCUGGCAUUUCUGAAUUUUUCCAGUCACUGGAAAAGCUUUUAACUGGCCAAGAACCUGCUUUACAUAAGAAAAGUUUGUUUGGUACGUCUAAGAUACAGCUGUGAGUGUAGGGUAGCCUGCAAAUACAGUUGUUUCAGGUCACUCCUCGGCGCUAGGGAUGUUUCGUUGAAGAGACAUCUGAGCCUCAGUGACAGAAAUACCAUACUGAUUGCAUAAAAUCUGUCCUGUUUUGAUUGGUUGAUGAAGUUAUUGUAGUCUUUUUUGCUAUUGUUUACAAAUGCAGACAAGAGACAAGAAGUCAUAUUACAACAAAACAGUCAUUAAUUAUUUCUGAAAUAUAUUCUUGUUUGGAAGAAGCAUUUGAGUUUCGAGAGGGCACUGUCAGUCAUCCACUAAAGAACUCAACAUUUUACAAUAAUAGACUUGGAGAAACACCAUAACUGGAACAAAUUUAAAUUAGCAAUUCAUGACUACAAAAUUGAUUAUGUAAACACUGAUUUACAUCAUCAGUAUGGAAUUUCUCUUGUUAAGGCACAGGUAUCUCUACUGCAAAAUGCCCCUCAUGUUGAAAAGCAAGGUCAGAGACAACUGUAUUCCCAUGCUACUGUAAUGAAUUACAUACCAAAACUUGAUGUAAGCCCAAGGGCAGGGGCUUUAGUAAAAAAUAUUAUAAGGUAAUAACUGGCUGGUUUUGUCUGAGGCCUUAUUGGCCGUCUUUUUUUUGGUUCUGGUAAUACAGUACAGUUAACUCUGUCUUGACUCUUUUAGUGCCAAGGGUUUUCUCUUUACAAUAUCCAUCUAUAUCCAAUCUGGAGAAUUUAUAUGUAGAUGUUAGGGCUUAAAGGAUUUAAAGACGAGACAAGACAUUUAUUAUCUUAAUAUUGGUUACAAUUUCAUGGCACGCAGUUAGCCAAUGGACACUUCCUCAAGACAAACACUUCCUUUAAGUCAGACACCUGGUGUUGGUCUGGGCUCGUACCAGGUGUUGUUCAGGGAAAUUAUCCUGCACUCUUCCCACUAAAAGGCAGCGGGAUAUGUGGGUUUGCUAUUGUUGAUUUCCACCAAUCAGAUUGUUUCCUGCACAAAUAAAUUUUUUUUUACCAUUUAAAAAAUUACUUCUCAUCUUGCUAUAGUAAGUUCUACAAGAAAGAUAUUGGGACAAAAGACAAAUUUACAUUUUGUAUUCUGAUCAAUGCCUGGGAUUCAAGAUCCAAUGUUCAUUUGCUGAUAAACGUUCUUUUCAUGACAUAGGUUUAUUUACAAGAAGGAUGGCAUUGUCAUUUCACAAGAUGAGUUUUAGCCAAGUCAGCCAUUUUGUAGACCAGCUGAAGUUGUAUUUGGACAACUGUGAAACAGAUGUUCCUGACAAUGAGAUGGAAAGCAGCUUGGAUGUUAGCAUGCAGAGUGUGGAAAAUGAUGUGGAAGAAAAUGGCUCCAGCAAUACCAGGUUUAAAUUGUACAUUUUCUUUCACCCAGUAAACUGUUUUCUUUAUAGAUGUGCAGCCUGGGCAAGAGGGGCAGUCCUUAUACAGGGUUGUCACUAAGAUUUCAAGUUGCCGGAUAAAUACAACAAGUAGGUGGGGAAUCAAACAGCUAAGGAUUUCUUUUGGUUCUAUUUUUCUUCUAUUUUCCAAUAAAAGUAGCUGGGGCCCACACUCUUAGUAACCGGGGAAAAUCCCCAGCUCCCGGCUCUUAAUGACAACCCUGCUUAUAUGACCUAUAUGGGAUAUGCUGGUGGACAGGGUCUGGGUUUUGACCUCUCUGUCUUAGACAUGGUAUAUAAGUAUGUGCGAGUCUGUCCUUAUUAUAAACAGGGUAUUGCCUGCGCAACUGAUUUGAUAUGCUGGAUGAAAUUAGUUGGUAAUCCAAGUAUACAAAAGAAAAUAACCAUAACCUGAAUUUGCUCUAUCCGAAUUGCCAAUAAAUGGCUUGAAAACAACACAGUGUGUAUUUCUCCUAAACAGGUUAUGUAUUUAAGGAUCUUUUUGUCAAAAACAGGGUCGCGGAUUCAAACCCUCAGCAGCUCACCUAUACAACAAAUAUUGGUCAAGUACCCCCCUCCUCCCUCCAUUUAAUUCCUUCCUCAAAAUUUAUGCAAUCCUUAUUAUCAUAAUUUAUUGUCAAUUUGUGCUUCUGGAUAUAAGUUACUGAGUAACACUAGUUUCCUUAUCUUACUGUUUAGAAAAACGUUCCUUCAGGGCUCUGUGACAAACAGACAAGCUGAGUUUUUUCUGGCAAAACAG